AUGGCCGCGGGGUCGGCGGGGCAGCGCCUGCGGGAGGAGGCGCGGUGCCCCGUGUGCCUGGACUUCCUGCAGGACCCGGUCAGCGUGGACUGCGGCCACAGCUUCUGCCGGCGCUGCAUCUCCGAGUUCUGCGACCGGGCGGACGGCGGGCAGGGCGGCCUCUUCGCCUGCCCGCAGUGCCGCGGGCCCUUCCGGCGGGAGGGCUUCCGCCCCAACCGGCAGCUGGCCAGCCUGGUGGACGGCCUGCGGCAGCUGGGGCCCGGCUCGAGCCCCGCGGGGCCGCAGUGCGCGCGGCACGGCCAGGAGCUCAGCCUCUUCUGCGAGGAGGACCAGGCGGCGCUGUGCUGGGCGUGCGACUCGGGCCCCGAGCACCGGGGCCACCGCACGGCGCCGCUGCAGGAGGCCGCCCGGCGCCACCAGGUGAAGCUCCAGAUGGCCCUGGAGCUUGUGAGGAAAGAGAUGGAGGAGGCCUUGACUCAGGAGGCCAACGUGGGGAAGAAAACGGUCAUCUGGAAGGAGAAGGUGGAAACGCAGAGGCAACGCUUCCGGCUGGAGUUCGAGAAGUACCGCGGCUUCCUGGCCCAGGAGGAGCAGCUGCAGCUGCGGCGGCUGGAGCUGGAGGAGCGCGCCACGCUGCAGAGACUGCGCGAAGGCCAGCGGCAGCUGGCGCAGCGCGGCAGGGCCCUGCGGGAGCUGGCGCGGGAGCUGGAGGACCGCUGCCGGCUCCCCGCCUUGGAUCUGCUGGAGGGGGUGAGAGGAACCUUGAGCCGAAGUAAGAGUGUCACACAGCUGGAACCGGAGUCCAUCCCCCUGGAGCUGAAGACCAUGUGUCGAAUCCCUGGGAUGAGAGAAAUGUUGAGGAAGUUCCAAGUUGAUGUAAAGCUAGACCCGUCCACAGCGCACCCUAGCCUCCUCUUGACCGCUGACCUGCGCAGUGUGCAGGACGGAGAACUGUGGAGGGAUGUCCCCAACAACCCCGAGCGAUUUGACACGUGGCCCUGUAUCCUGGGUUUGCAGAACUUCUCAUCAGGAAGGCAUUACUGGGAAGUCAUGGUGGGAGAAAGAGCAGAGUGGGGGUUAGGAGUCUCUCAAGACACAGUGCCAAGAAAGGGGGAAACUACACCAUCUCCCGAGAAUGGAGUGUGGGCCAUGUGGCUGCUGAAGGAGAACGAGUACAUGGUCCUGGCCUCCCCAUCGGUGCCUCUCCUCCACCUGGAACGGCCUCGUCGCAUCGGGAUUUUCUUGGACUAUGAAGCAGGUGAAAUCUCCUUUUAUGACAUCACAAACGGGUCUUACAUCUACACGUUCAGCCAACUGUUCAAUGGUGUUCUCCGACCUUACUUCUUCAUCUGUGACACAACUCCUCUUGUCCUGCCACCUAUGACAGAAGCAGAGCCAGGAAGUAGUGCAUCCAGCAGUCAUCCUAACCCUGCUUCUGACAUUAGAGACGACCAUUCCUAAAAUUCUGUCUGGAGAUACACUCCAAGUGGAGCAGUUUCCUGGAGCAGAGUGGAGGAUAUACAAAUGCGAGGCCUGAACCAGUGUCCCCAGUUUAGGACAGCACUUCAGUCACUGCUGGCAUGGGAAAUUUCCCACAGGGACAAAGACAAAGUAUGAACUAUUUGCAUUUGGAAGACAUUGUGAAACUGAAAUAUAAUAAUAUUAGAAGUGG